GUUCCCUUCUGCUCUCUCUCGCGCCCAGGCCCUAAGCGGAGCCCCGGCGUCCCCUCCUUUCCCGCUCCGAUGAUGGACAGGAACUACCCACCAGCCCCCAUCUACCCGGAUCCGCUGGCUUCGGUUGCCGCCGCCGCCGCGUCCUCACAACCCACCACAGCCUGGGCCUACGAACGGGGCGCCAGCAGCCUCAAACCCAGUUUAAGCUAUGGAGGAGGACAUCCAUCACACUCAGAAGCGGAUCUUCUUCACAGACAAACGUACACAGCUUCUCAUCAGCUUCCUGCAUUUGGUACUUCACCUCAUCCUACUGGUCUUUCCGGAAUUUUUGAUAACACUAUGCACAGCAGCAAUAGCAACACUAAAGAAACAUCAGUUAUGAAUUUUCUCUCUGCCAUUGAAUCCCGCAAUGCUCAGGCUGUUUCUUCAGGAACCACUCUCUUACCACAGUUUAGAACUCCAACAUGGCAGCCAGGUAUGCAUUCAUCAACAGAGCUUUUUGUUACUGGAGCACUGCCAGCCUCUGGAACCUUUCCACCCACUUCAGUUUAUCAGCAUCCCAAUGCUUUUAGCAGUAGAAACUUUGCUACUACUCCUUCUCUAACACUUCAAGAUGCAACUUUUAGUGCAACAUCCAAUGGGCUUCUAACUGCUCAUGAUCCUUUAUUGCAGAUCAAGACAUCCCAAGGCACUGUUCCUACUGCAUUGACAUUUGAGCGCGUAGGCAGUUCUGUGUUAAAUACCAGCAUACCACCACAGUCUUCAACGUAUCGCUCUGCUCAAGAGUCUGCACCCCAUCUCUUGCAGCCUCAGUUCAGUUUGUUGCCUUCAUCACUUGGAGGAGCUCAGCAGGCUCCACAAGUCUAUAGCUCAACUCUGUUUACUGGUUCUACUGCCUCCAUUGAAAGAGCACUGCAGCGAGAAUGCAGUGUUAUCAAGCACCAUCAGCGGCCUUCAAGCACACAGUCGGUUCAGGCACAACUGACUGGUUCACAGCAUUCCUUACAGAACUAUUUAUCAAGUGCAAGCGGAACUGAUUUUCAGGAUACAUCCCGGCAGUCAUCCCUAUCUUGUAGCCCAGUUGGGGAUGCUACUCAGGUGAGCAAUGGAGGACCACAACAGAAGACCUCUCAGGUUUCAGUGGAACUUGCUCAGUCAUAUACAUCAGCACUUCCAUCACCUGGUUUCCCAUCUGUUUCCACUGCAAAGGCAAAACAAUGUUCUACAAAGCAGCCACCAAGGUCAACAAAGACCCCUAAGCCACAAAGCAUAGCCCCUGCUGUGCAGACACAAAGCUAUUCCAAAACUGCACAGAGCCAGAAUUCUGUAAUAGCAAGUCAAGCACAAAUCUAUUCUAUAGCACAGCUCCCAAGCCUCUUGUCAGUAAGCCAAUCACAAAAUUAUGUUUCAACACAGUCACAGAAUGUGCCAUCUGUUAGCAAUUCACAGGUAUUCUCAUCCAUCAAGGCAGAGAAGCUGCCAUCAUUGUACAAAACACUUGCUUUUGUUGGGCAAUCUCAAGCUAUUACUUCUGAUAGCCAGACAAUAAAUUAUUCUUCGGAUCCACAGGUAUUAAAUUCAGUUUCAAAUGACAACUACUCUGGGCAAACAAGGGAUCUUUCUUCAGACACCCAAUCUCAAAAUUAUUCUUCCAGUCUCUCUCAGGGUUUGUCAACAGUUAGCCAAUCACAAGUUAGCUAUUCAUCUCAACCGCAGGUAUUGUCAGUUAGUGGCCCUUCAGACACCUAUACUACAGGGCAAUCUUUAACAUUAACAUCACCAUCUCUUCCAUUUUCUUCCUCUCCUCAUGCUCAAAAUAUGUCAGCCUCUAACUCUCCCCAGAACUACAUUUCUCUACAUUCUCAGGCACAAGACUCAUCCUCACCACAGUCUCAGAAGUUUUUGCCAGUUGUCCAGUCAACCCCUUUUGCAAUGCCAGCUCACACACAAGCAUUACACAACAAUAGAUCUUCCUCAGAUACAAAGUCCUAUAUUAAAAGGAAAUCUGACCCUAACUUGUAUCAAACAUCUAAACAAGAUGACCAGUUCCCAAUGCAAGAGUUGCAGGUACUGCAACAGCAAACAGCUCUUGAUUCUUCCCCUCAAAGGCUAACCAAUGAUGAAGUUAGUGCUCAGGAUACAACUUACAAAGUUUCCAAAGCAGAUAAUCGGUAUUCUCAAAGCGUAAUCAGAAGUAAUUCCCGCCUUGAAGAUCAAGUUGUUGGGCUUACUCUUCAGGGGUCAAAAAAAGGUGAAAGAAUGUCUAGCUCUGCAGCACAGCUUACCCAACAAAUUGACCAUAUUACUAAUGUAAGCCAUGAUAUUAAAAAGGCAGCUAAUUUAUUGCCGACAACCCAAGUAAAUGUGGAUGGUAAAGAACUAAGCCAGCAGCAUUCUCUUCUGCAUAAGGUACAUGAAACUAAAACCUCAGAGCAACAGGGCCAAGUCAUUAGCACACCACCACAGCUUCACGCACAAGCCAUAAGGCAUAGCCAUCAGCUGUGUUUGCCUAGUGCACAGGUACUUCUAGAAUCUGCCUGUGAUUUACAAAUGCUUCAGCAGUCAAUAUUACAGUCUGGCUUAGGGCACACAAAAGUUUCUCCACAAAUACAGCGCAUUCAGAGUUCUCAGCAGAUGACUCACCCGUUCCUUCAGGUUGAUGGUCACAUGAUUCAGAGUAACGGAGGACAUUCUCAACAACAGCUUCAUCCUCAAAACUCUGAAGACAUGAAAAUCGACAUUUCUGAACCACCAAAGCCACUACAGCAACACUUAACAUCAAAAGAUAAUUUUGUGCAGCCAAAUCAUGAAUCUAAGAAUCAGUUUGUUACCCUUAGUUCUGUAUGUUUUCCAGAGUCUAUGCUUCUCAAUGAUGAGAGGAAUAUACUGUCUAAUGUAGAUGAUAUUUUGGCAGCAACCGCUGCAGCUUGUGGGGUAACUCCAUCUCAAUUUGCCAAAUCAACAUCUAAUGAAGAAGAACUUCAGUCCAUUGAAAAUGGAGACAAUUCUAAGUCUCAGUUCCAGACAGUAGAUGUCAGACAUGUGACUCAUAGCUUCAGUGCCUCACCAACAGUUGUUGGAAAGCCACUGAGUAUAAGCAAUAUUUCUUUGAAUGGAGGACAGAUUACCCUAAACCUAACAGCAGUGCCUACAAUGCAGCCAAAAAAUCUGAGCCAUGAUCAACAACACAUGGAGACCUCUGAUCAAAGUAUUCCCAAUAGAGUUGUCACAGCUGAACUUCAGCUGAGGCAGGAACAGGUUUCUGGCCUAGUUAAGCAACACUCUAGCAGCAGUAAUGAAUCAGAAAGUAAAAAUGAUGUUAAUAUGGAUGGUACGCUAAAUGUUAAAGAUAUAGACCUAGUUUCAAGUGGUAGGAUUCUAAAUGAUGAGAGUGUAGCAUCAAGCAGUGAUUUUCAUAUGGAGAGGGACAAUACUAUGACAGGAAGCAAGGCUAAACUCCCAUUGCAACCAGUAUCUAUGCAACAACCACGAGAUGAAAAUGGUAACAAAGCUGAAGAUGAGAGCCAUGAUUUAUCACAAGAGAACAUUCAGAAGCAAACAGACAGAGGACAAAAUCAAGUUAAAAAUGCCAAUGAAGAUGACACAAAUCAGAAGCAACUGAAGAGAAGUGGACAAUGUAAACGUCAGAAUUCAAGAGGAACUGAUGCCAACUUGUUAUAUUGUCCAGUUCCUGAGAGCUGCCAUGAGACUUAUCAACAUCAAGAAAAAAUGAGACAAAAAAUCAAAGAGGUGGAAGAAAAACAGCCAGAAGUCAGAACAGGAUUCAUUGCAUCUUUUUUAGAUUUCUUAAAAUCUGGACCCAGACAACAGUUUUCGGCUCCUGCUGUACGUAUGCCUAAUCGUGUAAGGAGACCUGUUACUCCAGUCAUUAGAGCACCUUGUCCACAUCCUCUUGCAAAAGCUCAGGCGGCAGCAGCUCCUGCAUCUCUUGAGGGCAGUGUGGAAAGUUCAAACAAAAAGGAUAAUGAAGAACCUAAGAAAAAUUCAGAAGCAUUGCCUUCAUUUUCUUCUGAUGAAGAUUCUGUAGGGGGUAACCAGGAUCUUCAAAAGAGCAUCACUUCUGCUUUAUCAACUCUGGAUGAUACUUCUGAUAAAAAGAAAAAGUCAGAAAUGGACAAGACUGUUUCUAAAGCCACCGUCAAUAUUGUUGUAAAGAAGGAACCUUCCAAUAUGACUAUUCCUGUGGCAGAUGCUCACUUGAAAACCUGUUUAGCACUACCAGAAAAAGAGAGUAUUAAUACAGAGCAGUUAGCAAAAACACAAGCAACUGUUGCAAUAGAAGGAUAUACUGAGGACGACGAUGGAGACAGUGGAGGCGAGGGCAUGUACAGAGAACGCGAUGAAUUUGUAGUGAAGAUUGAAGAUAUAGAAUCACUAAAGACUACUAUAAAAGCAGGAAAGGAGCCUCCAGCCAUCUGGAAAGUUCAAAAAGCUUUGUUGCAAAAAUUUGUUCCUGAAGUGCGAGAUGGUCAGAGAGAAUUUGCAGCUACUAACAGUUACCUUGGGUAUUUUGGAGAUGCGAAAUCAAAGUACAAACGAGUAUACGUGAAGGUCAUAGAAAAUACAAACAAGAAAGAGUAUGUUAGGGUGUGUUCCAAGAGACCAAGAAAUACAUCUGUACAGUCUGCAAGGACUGUUCAAUGUAAGCCAAGCACUAGUAUCAACAAAGCUCCUGAUCCCCCAGCGCCAAAAACUACAACAGUAACAACAAAAGUUUCAUCAGUGAAACCCAAAGCUAAACAGCCAAAGAUAAAGGCUGAACCACCACCAAAGAAACGGAAAACAUGGAAAGAAGGAUUCCCCCCUACUCCUCAACUCCAGAGUGAUGAGGAAGACACGGAACCUCCUGCUCCUAUUGUUGCUCGUUUUUUGAACACCAGAGCUAUGAAGGAAACAUUUAGGAGUUAUAUGGAACUACUUGUUAGCAUUGCCUUGGACCCAGAUACUAUGCUGGCAUUGGAGAAGAGUAAUGAUGAGCUACUUUUGCCACACAUGAGAAAAAUUGAUGGCAUGUUGAAUGAUAACAAGAAAAGGCUGCUUUCCAAAUUACGUCUAGAGCGCUCAUUCAAGGCUGCUUUGGAAAGCUUUCCAGAACUGACAAUAAUCACUCGUGAUUCUAAAACAAAAAUGGGGGUGAGUGCAGUUUCUAGAAUAAAAAUGAAUGGGAAAGCUUAUAACAAGAAAACACUGAAGAUUUCUAAAGCAACCACAAAAUUAGCACAGGAAUUUGCUGUAGAUCCAGAAAAAAUACCAUUGUGUUCUUUGUAUCAUUCACUCCAUCAUUACAAAUACCACAUGUUUCUGAGGUGUAAAGUAGAGAUUUCUUCUGUUCAAAAGAAGAAUGCAGAUCUAGGCCAGGAGCAGACUGUACAACAAUGCAUGAAAAAUAUAAAAUGGGUAGAAGACCUCUUUGAGAAGUUUGGUGAACUUUUGAAUCACGUACAGCAGAAAUGUUCAUAACAAACUUUGCCGCAAAUCUUUUUUUUCCCCUAUCACAUACAUCAAAGGAAACUGAAAGGUCAGAAAAGCUCUGGUUAGGCUGAUCAUGCCAACUCUAUUCUAAAUCAGAAGAGUUUGUUGUGUUCUUGGUUCCUUGGCUUCUGAUAGGAAAAAUUAUGCUGCCAUGCAAAUGGAACUACAAAUGAACCUCACUGCAUUUUUAACCUGAAGUAUGAUUUUUUUCUAUUUUGUAAAAUCUUGUAUUAAAUAACUUAGGUUUAUUUUUCACAGAUGAUCAAAGCAUGCACUAAAUAUAUAUAUUUGGCUAUGAUGAAAAUAACACUUAGAAUAUCAUGGCCUUUUCUGACUCUGAACACUAAGAAGAGUCUGGGUGGUAAAUAAAUAUUUACAUUUAUCUGACUUACCAAGUAGAGUCUUGAACAUUUUGCAAACCGAGCUAGAAUGACAUGAAAUUCUGAUUAUGAAUAAUUACCAUUACAAAUUCUGGUUUAUGGACUCCUUUUACUGCUGUUAUGUUCAGGUGACUGGACAUGGAGUUGGUGCAAUCUUGUGACUGCUAUUUUGUGUCAAAUUAUAUUGUAAUGAAAAACAAUGACCGUAACUAUUUUCCAUGUUUUUUGAAGAAAAACAUAUUUUCCUUUAUACUGUGCUUUUUUCCCCUUUGGAAAGAAAUUAAUUGUACAUUUUAUCUCAAUAAUAGAUGUAUUUUUCACAGAGAAAAUAUUGUGGCUUAAAAUUGUUUCAUGUAUCUUUGUAAUACACUUCUUAUUGUUUUCCAUAAAUCCAGUUCAUUUUCUGUAUUAAUUUCAUAUUGUAAACUAUAUAUCUUGAGAUAAUCCUUUUGUUUAUACAGGUUUGCUUCAGUGUUAACCAGGAAUAAGACAUACUAGACUUUAUAAGUUUGCUUUAUAAGUAUAGUUGUGUUUAAACACUGCAUUUUAUUUUCUGAUACCUCGAAAUAAAUUUCUUACUAAAAAGCCUUGAUUAACUGUAAGUUUCAAUGAACAGUUACUAUAUUUGUCUUCUGGACAAUGAGGAUUGACGAUUGAAUUGACUAUAUGCAGUGUUAAACACAGCCAACAUUAAUAUUUUUUAGAACUGGUAACGGCAGAACUGUUCACUUCUUGGUGCCUUUUCAAAUCCUCAGACAUACUUUUGUAGUUGUCUUUUUCUGCUGAAUUAUGUUUAAUCAGUAGGACCAGUAGUCACACUUAGACUACAAACGUGUUAAGUUCAAAUCAAUAGGAAGUUUCUUCAUUUGCCAACAGAAUGCCUUACCUCAGUCAUUGAUUCAAAAUGUGUAAGUCCUCUGCUUGGAUUUGUGAAAAGACUGAACAUAUUGUACUUUUUGUCAGAUAAUAUAUAAAAAUAAUUCAUUUGUUUUUUCACUGCCACUUAGUGCCUUAAUUUCAGCCAGGGAAGCAGGAUUCCUCAUUCAGUAGCCAACCAGGAUAUUCUUGUAUGUAGCAUGGUGUAUUCUCCUUAGUUGUAUAUAUGUUCAUUGCACCUUAGAUUUGUUAAUUAUAAUGAAGGGCUGUGAUCAUGAGCAAUUAAACUAGGAUUUCAAAAUAUCAAAGGACAACAUUUUUAUCUUUUUCUCUCUUAUUAUGCUGGACAACCUCUCCAUUUUCAAAAGUUUGGUUCAUUUUUGGAUGUAGUAUUCCUUAUUUCAUUUCAUUGAGGGGAAGAAAGAUUCAGUGAAAAUUUUGGUAAAUUUCUUUGUUGGUAUUUAUCUUAAAAGUUCUUCAUAUUGUACUUCCCUCGAAAAAGCCAGGUUCUAUUACUGUGACUGCAAGUAUGCUGUACAUCCACUGGUCCUGUAGGAAAGUUAAUGGUCUUUGAGUUAUAUAGGGUUAGGGAUGCAUCUUGAAUCUCUGUCUAAAAAGUUUGAGACAUACAUCUACCUGCAAGGAAGAAGACAAUACUGCUGAAUUAGUUUGGAAACUUCAGCAUAGACACAAAAAAACCUGAUGUAUAUCUUUGCCCUUCACUCAUACUUUAAUUCUGCAAUCCUGAACCCACUUACUUGGUAGCACAUCCCAUUUGCUGUAAGAGUGCUUUAUGUGUUAGGAAGAGAUUAGAAUGUUCCUUUUAUAAUAUAGAUGCAAUGUCCUUAAUAGCAUUAUAAAAAUAACCUGCUUGUUUGGAGGAAGGUAUGGAAGCGAGGCAGAACGGCCAUAUUUAUUUUGGAAUUAAACUUGAAAAGAAUUAGUCACUAAAAGUUCAUAAAUGUGACCAAAAAUAGUUCUUCUACAACAAAUUAAUAUACAUCUCAACACAAGCUUAUGUAUAAAAUGUACUUUCAUUGAAUACAUAUACAGUGAACAUGAUUGGCUCAUUUAUAUGUGAAAUAAGCUAGAACUUACUAACCAUGUUCCCUUUGUGAGAUGGCAAUCAAAGAACAGAAGUAGGUGUUCAACAUCAUUUAAAUGUUAUGUUCCUCUUUUAAAAGGUAAAACUUUCAGAGGUCUGUCAUUUUAAUCAAAGCCGCAAACUUAGACUCUUUAAAAUCAUUUUUUUAGAAACAGAUCGGUUUAGUUGGAACAAAAAAAAGAGUCAGGGUAUUGCACUUUGCCAUGUGUGUAGUUUUAGGCUACAAUGCCAUAACCACUUACAUCAGAGUAAGCCUAACUGAAAUCAGUGAGACUUACUUUUGAGUAGGAUUUCAUUGUCAGCUUUCUGUUCCAUUCUUAGGGUGAGUAGAUGGCAACUCUAUCAAGUAAAGGAUAUGUAAGAAGCACCUCAGGACUAUGGAAGUAACACACAAAAGAACCUUCUGUGUCUUGCUGAACUAGUGGUGUUCAGUCUUUCUACCUUCAGAGACCUCUUUCACAUCAACUCGUCCACUCACAAUGUUUUUCAUGGAACUUCUGUAUAUUGCAAAAGAUUUGGGGGUCUGUUCAAGACAGCACAGUUUAUGCAGAGUAUGGUGAGGCCUACUGGGCUUCAAAGCCCUAUGUGAACUGAUAAUUCACUUUGGAACACACCCGAUGCCUUGUGUGGCUGUGCAUUGCAGGGAAAGGUCAUGAGUGAGUUGGUUACAAUAUUACAGGCACAAUUGUCCACAGUUAAUAUUUUCAUUGUGGCACCUCUAAUAAGCUUCCGGGGAGCCCCAAAGUUUUCUGAAAUAUAUAGUUUGUGUUUUGGAGGUAUUCAGAAUGCAGCAAUUUUAGAGGAAUGAAAUGUAAUUUGUGCAAAAUGUAAAUGAGGAGUUUAAGUUUCUGAUACCAACAAAUAAAAGCGUAACAAGACUCUGGCCAGUCAAGAUAUUUCCUGAACUGAAUGCUAGCAUUCAAGAGACAGAGUAGCAAUCCUACUUGAGAAAUCAAGACGGAUUUUUAUUUUUCCUUCCAAGGCCCCAUACAAAUAGUUUUGAGUGUAUGCUGGAGGUCCUUUGGAGAAUUGUUUCAGGGGAUUUGCGCAGCUGAAGCCCUCACCUAAAUAUGCUGAAACCAUUGGGAGUUGUUUCCACUUUAGAAUUCAGGUAUAGCUGAUCUGAAUAUUUCAGCACAUCUUGUACGUGCAAGAUUUAUUAUGCACUCCCAUAAUAUCACAAGAGAAUGGAAUUGACUGGCUACCAAGUUGCAGUGAUUUUCAGGUGUUCCGUACCCACUAAAAUGUAACAUCUGAAUUGACCCUUUGAUGGAAUUUAGAAUGUAGCAUCAUUAAGGGCAAACAAAUUGAUGCACUGUGUAAAACUCUGAAUUCUGACAUCUUUAGAUUGGCAUUGUUUUGUGUUCUGAUCUCUAUAAAGACAUGUAUCCUCUGAUCUUUUUUUUUUUCAGGCUUCUGCUUCUGUCGUCAGUGAUAUAGCUGGAUUGUACAGCCUUCUUUACCAGGACAUUGUAUCAUUUCACUUUUGCUUUAAGUAACACGUUAAAAAAGAAACUCAUUGUCUUCCAAUAAACAGUCUUCAUAGAGGAAAUAUAUUUUAAAUAUUUAAAAAUUUAUUACUAUUUAAAAUAAUUUAAAAAUGAACAAGCCAAAACUCUUAGGAAAUUGAAAAUCAGUGUAUAGUAACUUUGAUUUUGUUGAUGCAAAUGUUUGGCAUCAUACGCUAACAAACUUUUUGUAUAUUAUUAUACAGUGCACAUGCUAUAUAUCUUCCUAUUUAAGUUAAUAUUCACGUGUCAUUCACAAUGCAUGGUAAUACUUAUCCUCUAUGUACUGCAAAAAUUAGGCCGGGACUUAUGAGAGAUGCUUUUUAGUUUGUUUUCAGGUGGUCCACAACAAUGUAUAGAGUUAUGAAAAAGUCACAAUUUUUUGUACUGUUGGUUUAAUGAUA